CAUGCCGCGUGGCUGCGAGGCGCGCAUCGAGCCCCGGAGACGAUGCCACGCAGGCAGGGAGCAACAGGCGGCCGGCGCGGCGGCUCCCCCUAGAUUGAGAUGCCCAGGGCGGGCAGCGGGAAGCGGCAGCCUCGGCUAGAGCAGCAGGCCUAGGAAGCCUCCCGAGCGGGGAAGGAAGGCCCCAGGGGGUUGCCUCAGGCUGUGCCCGGAGCGACCCGAGGAGAACUUUUCUCUCUCCCGAGAUGAACAAGCUCCGGAAGCUUUUCCGAGGCAGCGGGCGAGCCUUGGCCUUCAUCUUCGCCGCCUCGGUGGUGUGGCUGCUCUUCGACAUGGCAGCGCUGCGCCUCUCCUUCGGCGAGAUCAACACCCGCGUCCUCAAGGAAGAGAUGGUGCGGCGGGAGAGGCUGCGCGGCUGGCGGGAGAAGAGCCUCGACGGCGCCCGAGCAGGAGAGGAGCUCCGAGCGCCGCCGCGGGCGCUGCCAAGGGGCCCCGAGGAGAAGGGACGCGGCGGCCCAAGCAAGAAGAGGGGGAAGCCGGGUGCCCAAUGGAGGCGCGCAACCCCCCAAGCGGCAGCAGCUCCCGGCCUGCACUGGACGGCCGCCGUCGACGUGCGGAACCACGCUCCGUUCGCCCCCGCGGAGAAGAAGUCCAGCGCGGAGGCCGGCCUCCCUCGCCCGCCGCCCACAAAGCCGCCUCUCGCCGGCGGGUCGCCGGGGCGGGCGCUCGACGCUCCUGCCGUCGGAAGCAAAGACGCCGCGAAAGGGCCCGGGCCGUUAAGCACGGGAUCCAGGGGGAGAGAGUUGGCGGCGACGGUUUUUAUACCCGAAGGUGGAUUAGGGAAGAAAGGCGCCUUGGCUGGAUUGCCCACCAACGAAAGCAAAUCUGAGGGAACUCGGGGCAGCCCUGGGCUACUGAGCGGGCCAAAUGUCCCCGCAAAGCGGCCCGGGGGCCUGGAUUUGCCUGCCGCUUCGGAAGCAGCGCAGAAGUCUCCGGGUGCGCCACGUCCAGGAAAGCUGCCGGAGGAGGAGGAGGAGGCCAGAAUUGCCGGUGCAAAAGUCGUCCUGCCUAACCAAGUGGUGCUUAUAAGCAAGGAGGGGGCGCGGGUGGUCUCGGCGGCCGCGCAGGCUCCCGAAGGCGGAGGACGUGGGGCCGUCGGGAAGAAGGCGCAAGUGACUGCGGGCAAAAUCCUGGAGGCCUCUCUUAAGGGGGCGGCGGCGGCGGCGGCGACCCUAAAAGUUAUUCCAGUUGAAAGAGCCGAGCUAGGGAAGGCGGAUGGGGUCCGUUCCGCCCAUCAGGACCAAUCAAGGCAAACCAAUGAGACCCAUUUCACAGAAAGGGCCAAGCUGCACAAAGUAUUGACCAUUGAUAGGACCUUGGCCCCAAGGGACCCCAAAGCGCUGGGUCAGUAUGGGCGCCCGGCAGUGGUCCCAGGUGAGAAAGAAGAGGAGGCGAAAAGGAGGUGGAAGGAGGGGAACUUCAAUGUCUACCUAAGUGACCUCAUCCCACUAGACAGAGCCAUCGAGGACACAAGGCCCGCUGGAUGUAGAGACCUUCUCGUCCACAACAUCCUUCCCACCACCAGCAUCAUCAUAUGCUUUGUUGACGAAGUGUGGUCCACCCUCUUGCGCUCUGUUCACAGUGUCCUCAACCGCUCCCCUCCUCAGUUUAUUAAAGAGGUUAUUCUGGUGGAUGACUUCAGCACAAAAGCAUACCUCAAGGACAAACUGGACCAGUACAUGGCCCAGUUUCCCAAAGUCCAGGUCCUUCAUCUCAAGGAAAGGCAUGGUUUAAUACGAGCUAGACUAGCGGGAGCAGAGAUUGCCAAAGGUGAUGUACUGACAUUCUUAGAUUCUCAUGUGGAAUGUAACGUAGGGUGGCUGGAGCCGCUCCUGGACAGAAUCCGUUUGAAUAGGAAGAAAGUUGCCUGUCCUGUUAUUGAAGUAAUCAGUGACAAAGACAUGAGCUACAUGACCGUGGACAGCUUUCAGCGUGGUGUUUUUACAUGGCCAAUGAAUUUUGGAUGGAAGCCCAUUCCUCCAGAUGUCAUCAAGAAAAAUGGGAUUAAGGACACCGAUAUAAUUAGGUGUCCUGUGAUGGCAGGUGGGUUAUUUUCUAUUGAUAAGAAGUACUUUUUUGAACUUGGGACAUAUGAUCCUGGCCUUGAUGUUUGGGGAGGUGAAAACAUGGAGAUCUCAUUCAAGGUUUGGAUGUGUGGAGGGGAAAUAGAAAUCAUCCCGUGUUCCAGAGUGGGCCACAUUUUCAGGAACGACAACCCCUACUCCUUCCCUAAAGACCGCCUUACCACGGUGGAGCGGAAUUUGGCCCGAGUUGCAGAAGUUUGGCUGGAUGAAUACACAGAUCUCUUCUAUGGACAUGGUUAUCACCUCAUCCAAAAGAAUCUGGACGUAGGGGACUUGACUCAGCAGAGAGAACUAAGGAAGCAGCUUCAGUGCAAAAGCUUCAAAUGGUACCUGGAGAACGUCUACCCUGAUUUAGAAGCCCCCCUUGUUAAAGCUAGUGGGCUGAUCAUUAACAUAGCACUGGCUAAAUGCAUCACUCUGAAUAGAUCUAGCCUGGCCUUUGAAACAUGCGACGUUAAUAACAAGAACCAAAAGUUCAACUAUACUUGGCUGAGAUUGAUCCAGCACGGAGACUCCUGUGUGGCAGUGACUGAUGCGGAAGGGACACUGGGCCUGCACCCUUGCGAUAAACGAAACAAUGGCCUGAAAUGGUUGCAUAAAUCACUGGUGGCUUUUCAUCCAGAACUCAUGGAUCACAUUGUCUUAGAACACCUUCCGCGGGCCACGUGUUUGGAAGUGGAUCAGUCUCAGAAAGCCCUGAGGGCCGGCGUUUGUUCCUCCUCCAAUCUUUAUCAGAAGUGGCAGUUUGGAAAUUAUUAUGCUGCCUGAAGAGGAAGACGAGCAAACCGGACAGAAGAGUCGCUUUGUAAGCCGAUGAAUUUGAAAGCAACAGCUGUGGAACUUCCGAUAGCAGCGAGCAUAAAACUGUGAUCUCCCUCCCAAACCGCUGUCGGAACCCAACACUUUGGAAGAAGCAUAUGGCCAGAUCAGAAGAUGGAGCGAGAACGCAGCUGGUUUGAUGUGGCCUAAUGACACACGGCCGGCACAUUGGCAAGGGAGGAAAAAAAUCACCAGGGAAAAAAUUACCAAAGU